AUGGACGCGGCCAUCGACCUCACCGACGCCUCCAAGGCCCUCGACCUGGCCAACAUCCGCUUCCAGCUCAUCCGCCUGGAAGACACCAUCACCUUCCAUCUGAUAGAGCGCGUGCAGUUCCCCCUCAACAGCACCAUCUACCGCCCCGGCGCCGUCGACAUUGGCGAUCCCGCCGUCAGCCUGUUUGACUGGAUCCUGCGCGAGCAAGAGCGCCUGCAGUCGCUGGUGCGCCGCUACCAGUCGCCCGACGAGUACCCCUUCUUCCCCGACGUCCUCCAGGAGCCCAUUCUCAAGCCCAUCCACUACCCCCAGAUCCUGCACCCCAACAGUGUCAACGUCAACGCCAAGCUCAAGGACUGCUACAUCCAGCACAUCCUGCCCGCCGCCUGUCUGCAGACCAACCGUGAAGACCGCGGCGAGUCGCAGGAGAACUAUGGAUCCUCGGCCACGUGCGACGUCCUGACCAUCCAGGCCCUCUCCCGCCGCAUCCACUUUGGCAAGUUUGUAGCCGAGGCCAAGUUCCAGCAAGAGACGGAGCGCUUUGUCAAGCUGAUCAAGGACGAGGACCGCAAGGGCAUUGACGAGGCCAUCACCAAUGCUGCCGUCGAAAAGAAGGUGCUGGAGAGGCUGAGGCUCAAGGCAAAGACAUAUGGCACCGACCCCGACCUAGGCGCCAACGGCUCGUCCAAGGUAGACGCCGACGCCGUGGUCGCAAUGUACAAGGAUUGGGUGAUCCCGCUGACCAAGGAAGUCGAGGUAGAAUACCUCAUGCAGCGGCUAAAGGGCACGCAAUGGGAGUAG